AUGCCUUCGUUGGAAGCUUGCAAGAAGCACCUGGACACUGAGUCAGAAAUGCAGUUCGAGGAUCACAUGUACGAAUUUGUUUGCAGUUGUAAAGAAAUCUCCGAAUACAAGGGCGAAGCACUGCGGCAAUGGAUAGAUGUUUAUGUUGUCUCUCUGAAGAACCCUCCGGAGCUUCACAAAAUCUUUUAUGACAUCAAAGAAGCAACGGAGCUGAAGUACGUAGGUGUUGGGGAGCUGGAGCAGGCCUACCAAAGUCAGGAUCCGAGCUUCGUGCGAGUCGCAGCCCCGGAGUAUGCGAGGAGGCUAUUCCACUUCCUGCACAAAAAGAUCCGUGUCUACCUGGAUAUGUUGCCCAAAGUGGACUCCGACGAGGAGCGGCACAACAAAAAGGGCCAGCAGCUGCUGGAUAGGAUUGGAGACGUCUCCAUGUUGAGCAGGGCGCAGGAUCUCAAUGUAAUCGUGGACCCAUGCAGAAGAAACGAAGCAUACAAUGAGAGCGUGUGGCAUCGUGCCGUUCAUGUUUGGGUCUUUGACAUAGAAGGCGGCCGCUUUCUCAUCCAGCAACGCUCGCCGAAGAAGCGACACUUCGGUGGCAAGUGGAACUGCUCCACGGGCCACAUUAAAAUGGGCGAUCCGGCUUUGCCGACGGCCAUGAAAUCCGUGAAGGACGAUGUUGGCAUUCAGGACGUUGAAGAGGCAGACUUCGAAUACCUGUUCCAGGCAACCGCUGGUGCUGGUGGGGUUCCAAUUCUGUUGUGUCGUCGUGCCUGGUGCUCGCUGGGCCAUGGUGACGCUUGGUGUACGCUGAUGGGUGUUGACUCCAGUAGCAGCCACAGCAUGAAUGAGGCACGCGCGAUGCUCGAUGCCCUCAUGGGCCCUCAGCGAGACAUCCGCAAAAAAGGCAAACACUUGUCAGAUGACUGGAAAGACAAGACUGUUUGCAAGAGCUUUUUGGUUGGAUUGUGCCCCUACGACAAGGCCGUGCUGGGUGGAAUCCAGAAGCGCGACUUGAAGGUUUGCCCGAAAAUCCAUUCCGACAUCAUUCGAGACAGGUUUCUUCAGCAUGCAGAUGGUGCGGAGCAGAGUGAGAUUCGACUCGAAUAUGAGGACGAGUGCUUCAGUCAGUGCGAAGAGAUCCUGGCCGAGUGUGAGAGCUUCGGCCAGAAAGAGCUGGAGCGGCUGAAGGAAGACCCCAGGCGGCAUGCUCUGCCAGAGGAGGUGAAGGAGAAGCUCAAGGGAAUGAAGGAUGAGGCAGCUUUCAACCUGAAGCGAGCUGAAGACCUGGAUGCAAUGGCACUAACCACUGGCGGGUACAACAACAUGUCAUCAACACUCCGUCGGCAAGUUCGAGAACUGAAUGCAGAAGCUGAAUCUUUGCGAAAGCUUGAGUUGCGAAAAACUGCAGAGAAGCUGAAGCCACAGGUCUGCGAGGUGUGCGGAACGGGCUACCUCGACCAGGAAGAGUUCGAAACGCACUUGAACUUUCGAGUGCAUGAAGGCUACAAGCAGGUUCGCGACAAGUUCGAGGCGCUCGAGAAAAAGCGGGCGCAACGGCCCCACAAGUCCAAGGCCCGGACAUCGAGUCAGCCGAGCACGACACGAGAUGCCCCAAAGCAAGAUCACCGCAAGACUUCGGAGCUCGAGGAAGGAUUCCGGCCGGCUGCGGAACGCCACAAGGCAGACAAAGACGAGGAGGAAAAGCCCAAGCCUCGACAAAUCAGCCAUGUGGAUAACACCGUUGACGCGAAUGAUCGUCGGAAGAGACGGAGGCGAACUACCAGCCGCAGCAGAUAUGAUCGCAGGGAUAGAGUUCUCCGGAGACCAGGACGACGGCGGGAUUCGGUUGACUACACCGACUACGACGACGACUAUGAGGAUGACUAUGGCAAUGGCAGGGUGGAGCGUCAUGAGAGACGACACCGGCCCAUGCGAUCUCGGGGUCAGCAUCGCCAUCGAGAACUUCGCCAUCUCCCGAGCAGGUCGCGCAGACACCGACGCCACUAG